UCUUGCAAGUCCCUCUCCAAACCUCCAAAAUAUCUUCAACCUCUGCAUCAUAAACCUCAAACUCUUUCACCUCCUUUAUCUCUUACACAACCCUAAAACAAGCAAUGCAUUCUUCAACCCUCUUUCUUCACACUGCAACCCCAUCCUUCAUCUCUAACCCCUCAAAAUCCAAUACCAAGAACACCAAGUUUCGCAAUAAUAACUUUUCUAUACGCAAAGCUUCUACUUCUUCAUCUUCUUGGAUUAGUGAACUUGAUUUGUAUGAGCUCUUAGGAGUUGAGAGCUCAUCUGAUCAGUUGGAGAUCAAGAAGGCAUACAGAGCUCUGCAGAAGAGGUGUCAUCCCGAUAUCGCGGGGCCCGCUGGGCAUGACAUGGCAAUUGUGCUCAAUGAGGUCUAUUCUCUGCUUUCGGAUCCGAACUCGCGCUCUCUUUAUGAUCAGGAACAAGCAAAGCUAUCAGAGUUCAGAGGGUACUCAGGAAAACCGCUAUAUUCAACAUGGUUCGGAUCAGAGAACGAACAGCGUGCAGUGUUUGUCGACGAAGUGAAAUGUGUUGGAUGCUUGAAAUGUGCAUUGUAUGCUAAGAACACAUUCGCCAUUGAAUCUGUUUAUGGACGUGCAAGAGUUAUUGGGCAGUGGGCUGAUCCUGAAGACAAGAUCCUUGAUGCCAUCCAGAUUUGCCCUGUCGACUGCAUCUCGAUAGUAGAGAGAUCAAAUCUUGCUGCCCUGGAGUUUCUGAUGUCGAAGCAGCCAAGGGGAAAUGUUCGAAUGACCGGUGGAGGCAACACAGGAGGAGUUCGAGUUUCCAAUAUAUUUGCAGAGGUGAACAAGUUUCAAACAAGGUUUGAGGAGAUGAAAGAUAAAGCUUCAAAAACAAAGUCCAAGGAAUCAGACCUUCAAAGAGAAUCAAGGGUUUCUGCUGUACAGGGGAUCAGAUGCUUCUCAAACUGGUGGUACUGGCAAUCUCCUUCAUCUGAAUCUGAAACGAGCCUCAACAUGAUACACAUUCCUCAAGAAUAUACUCAAACGAACACCGAAAAACUUAGGGAAGCAGUUAGAAAAAUGAAAUCUCAAGAAAAUGCAAGGCCUGCAAAUUCUUCAAUGAAUUUUAAACACAGUGAUGAGUACUGGACACCGGUGCUGAGCCUCCCAUCGCCUGUUGAUAAUUUGAGCUCUAUAACUUCCUCAUCUGAGCCCUCACCAAACACAUUGUUAGAGGACUCACAAAAGGAUCAAAGAAGUGAAACAGUUAUAAGAAGCAAAUGGACUCUAAUGAGUUUAAGGGUUCCUUUGACAAUGGCAGCACUUUCAGCUAUGAUAGUAGGAAACAGAGGUGCAGAAAAUACCAGCCAAGCUAUAAAUAAUCACAUCGGUGGAUCCGUGGCACUAGAAGUUGUGAAUAGCUUUGAAAUGCAAGUGGUGUUAGCAGGAAUUACUUGGUUUGUCAUUGGGAUGGGAAUAAUAGGAAUGCUUGAUAUUUUAGGAAUCAAGGGAGCUUUUCGAAGGCAAUGAGAUAAAAUGUUAUGUAUUUGCAUAACAUAGAAAUAUUUAAUGUACACAUAUAAGUUACAAGGAGAUGUAAUAUGAAAUGCAUAGAAAGAUAUAAACUAGCAAGAAUAGUUACAGAUAAUGGAGAGUGGAGCUCACUGACUGAUGUU